CCAAGGCACAACGAUGGAUAUGCGAACGGUGCGGGUCGCGGUGGUCGGUGACUCGGGCGUCGGAAAGACAUCGCUCGUUCACUAUUUGUGUCAUGGAGAAGUGCUGUCGCACCCCACAUGGACGAUUGGAUGCACGACAGACGUUCUCCUGCAUCAACCCGACACUUUUGUCGAAUUCGUCGACAUUGGCGGCAAUCCUAGGUACGAGCUCAGCCGAGCUGCGUUCUACCAUGAACUGCAUGGCAUCAUCUUCGUCUACGAUAUGAGCAACAUUCGCUCUUACAACAACCUGCGCAAGUGGAUCGCAGAGCUCUCUCUCGCACAGAAGAACCGCCCCAAUGUCGUCGCCAACCCCGACAAUAUCGGUCCUUUGCCCACGAUUGUGAUCGGGAACAAGCAAGAUGCGAUUCAGACGCAACGGAUGGCACCUCUUCGCGACCUCAAGAUGGAUUCGCUCGAAGCCAGUGCUUUGGAAGGCCGCUUGGACAUGUCUCGAUUCCAUCUCUUCCUGGACCGUGUGGUGGCCACUGCGUUUACGUCGACACCGCGGCAACCUUCUGGCCACGGCAUCAUGCGAAGCAGAUUCAUUGCGAGUUCAUCUCCACACGGUACUACUCCAACCUCGUCGACGAGCUCGUGGUGGUCGUAAUAAUGCAAUAUCCAUAUUUCCA